GAAUGACGAGAAUUGCAGCGGCGGCUCAAAGCCCGGAUGGAGCAGCCAUUGGGGAAGUGUGCAGGGCUUUAACAUAACUGAGGAGGGCUCUCUCUCUCCCUCCCUCCCUGGAAUAAAAAAAAAAGACACAAGUAAAGGCGAUCGAGGAUAGAAAUAUUUAAGAUCCGAAGGGUCAAUUUGUCGACACAUUACAUCAACUUGAAAACCUGUGCCACGACUUGACUGCUUUCGGAUACAAUAUCCGAGGCGACAGACUUGAACUGUGGAAGUUUGGAUACGUGCAUACAGCGGAAAACAUACAGCUGAGCCUGCGCUGCAACUGCUAGCCACACGCUAAGCGGCACUACCAGCCACAUAGCUAACUAACUGAGCUGUGGACUUGCUUGAAAAUCACGGGGCUUGAAAUCCAGUCACAAACUCAGGCGCAGUGAGAAUUCAGGGACGUGCUUAAUGAAUUAUGUCUGCCACAAGCAUUGACCCUCAGAGAUCAAAAGGACAAGCAUCUAAAGUAAGAUGGCCCUCCACAAAAUGUGAACAAAGCCUACAAAUUGAAUAUUGUACUGUGGCUUUGGGAGUGCAAAAUGGUUCACUGCAUCAGAAGGAGACUGUCCAUGACAAUGACUUUGAGCCUUACCUCACUGGUCAGUCUACUCAGAACAACAGCUACCAGUCCAUCACCGACCCCUACCUGUCCAGCUACUAUGCCCCUUCCAUUGGAUUUCCGUACCCCCUUAGUGAGGCUCCCUGGUCUACAGGUGGGGAUCCUCCUAUUCCAUACCUCACCCCAUAUGGACCCUUGAGUAAUGGAGACCAUCACUUCAUGCCGGACACCGUGUUUGGCCAGCCAGGGGGUCUGGGAAGCAGCAUCUACCCCCACAGGUUUAACUUUUUCCCUGAAAACCCUGCCUUCUCUGCUUGGGGCACAAGUGGCUCGCAGGGGCAGCAGACUCAGAGUUCAGCCUAUGGUGGCAGCUACAGCUACCCUCCUAGCUCCCUAGGGGGCACCCUGGUGGCUGAUGGUCAAACGGGCUUUCACAAUGACACCCUGAACAAAGCCCCUGGUAUGAACAGCUUGGAGCAGGGUAUGGUUGGCUUGAAGAUCGGAGGGGAUGUCACUGGCCAGGGGUCAGGAGUCAAGGCUGUGGGAUCUGUGAUUGGUGUGGGUGUCCUGGGGCGCGCGCCACGAGAAAUGGGAGCCACUCCUAUUGGCAUGCCCCCACCCAAACCCACCUCCUGGGCAGCCAUUGCCAGCAAGCCCACCAAACCACAGCUGCUGAAAACUAAGGUGAAGCCAGGAAUGCUCAAUCCAGGGGGAGCUCUGCCUCCGCCACCCAUUAAACACAACAUGAACAUUGGGACCUGGGACAAGGGCCCAGUGACUAAAGUAGCCUCAGCUCCACUGCAGCAACAGCAGCAUCCUCUUGGCCUGCCUCAUGCCAUGCCGCCUCAAGCCCCCAUGCAGCCCCCCCCUCCCCAGUCUUUGGUGCAGCCCCAGAUGCAACCUAUGGCCUUACAGCCCCAGCCACCCCAUCACCAGCACCAUCAACCACCACCUCCUCCCUAUCAAAACCAUACCCAGCCCCCACAACCCCAGACCCGUUGGGUUGCCCCACGUAACCGUAACCAAGGCUAUGGGCAGGGAGGUCCAGGCCAAGAUGGUAGUGGCGUAGUGGGUAUGGUUGGUAGUGGAAACAGUGGCCCCCAGACUUCUGCUAAUCAGGGACCUGGUGGAGAGUCCCACCCAGUGCUGGAGAAGCUGCGUGCCUCCCACAGCUACAAUCCCAAGGAUUUUGAAUGGAACCUGAAGAAUGGUCGAGUUUUUAUCAUCAAGAGCUACUCUGAGGAUGAUAUCCAUCGCUCCAUCAAGUACUCCAUCUGGUGCAGCACGGAGCAUGGCAACAAGCGGCUGGACUCCGCAUUCCGGGCCAUGAAUGGUAAAGGUCCUGUGUACCUGCUGUUCAGUGUCAAUGGUAGUGGUCAUUUCUGCGGUGUGGCAGAGAUGCGUUCACCAGUGGACUAUGGCACCAGUGCUGGAGUAUGGGCACAGGACAAAUGGAAGGGCAAGUUUGACGUGGACUGGCUGUUUGUUAAGGACGUGCCUAAUAGCCAGCUACGCCAUAUCCGCCUUGAGAACAACGACAACAAGCCAGUGACCAACUCCCGUGACACCCAGGAGGUUCCUCUGGAGAAGGCCAAACAGGUGCUCAAGAUCAUCGCCACAUACAAGCACACCACCUCCAUCUUUGAUGACUUCUCCCAUUACGAGAAGAGGCAGGAAGAAGAGGAGGAGGUGCGCAAGACUUUUGAACCUGCUCAGAUGCAGAACUGCUCUCGGUUGGAUCAGGAGCGCCAGAACAGGAAUAAACAGUAGAAGACAUUUAUCCUUGGCUUGAUCAACAGUUACACUAGGACUUUUGAUUUAAGAGACAGAAGAUAUGAAAAUGCAACCAAGCCCUUCAUUUCCCCCCUAUUUAAUCCUGGUGAAUCUCUGCCAUUGCUGAGACUUGUGCUUCUUUUGGUCCCAUGUACCACCCACUUCUUGUGCAGGGAUACCAGUUGUUUUAAUGUGUUACCUAGCCACCACCACACUUUUUAGUUGUUUUUGUUUUUUUUAAAUAUAUAUACAUUUCUUUUUUCUUCCCGUUCCAUGUCGUACUCUUCUCUCACCAGACUGGUUUUCUCUCCCCUGCUCCCACCCUCCUCUCUUUCCAACUGAAUCAGGGUUUGACUGCACCACGGAGAAAAAAAUCUGCCACUUUAUAUUUCAGUACAAUCAGGAACGGUUGUGUCCUGCCCCUGUUUGUCCAUUUGGGGGCAACAUUGCCAUGCUUCAGAGUUUUAACUGUACCAACAGGGUUGGAGGAUCCCAAAGGCAAUGUUGGACUUGGAACUGUGCGAUAAUAAACUUCAAUGGUUUAUCUAUUUUUCAUUCAGAUCAACAAAAUCUCUAUUUUUUGGCUGACUACUGACAAUUUUCAUUUCAGAAUCCUGUAUUCUGGAGCCUUAAUGUUUUUUUUUUUAAAUUAUUGGUGACUUUUCAAAAGAACUGCUCAAACAGUGACACUGCUGGAGAAAUCAGGGAUAGUGUGAAGUCACACAGGACUCGAGACAUUUCGGAGGAGGAAUUGCAAAGGCCUCUGGAAAUAAAAUAAUGGAUGUGUCCUCCACAACCAGAACUCUCACCAUUUAAAUCAAAAAUUGUACUAUUGACAUCCAUCACACCCCUCUGCUUUGCUUUCUUUUAAUGUUUGUCUUGAAGGGGUAUUUUGUAUGUCUCAUCAAGAGAUUCUGCUUGUGUGCACAACCCAGUCUGAGAGAACUGUCGCAUCCACCAUUUUAAAUUUUUAACAUCAGAACUAUGUAAUUCUGCAACAUUGGAUUGAUUGUUGCUUUUGCAUUCUCGUUCCACAAAAUGGAGGGAGGUUUCACUGAUUUGUCCAUUCACCAUAAUUUUGUCUUAAUCCUCUGUUUUUGUUUUUCCUUGAAUUUGGUUUUGCUCAGUCUAUCAUGUUGGUCGUAAUGCUAAGCUUUAACGUAGGAGCCUAUAUAUUCAUGGAGAAAGCCUAAAAUGUAUAACCUAAACAUUAAUGUAACUGGUUUACUAUUGACUAAGAAAAAUUAAGAAUGAAA